AUGCUGUUGACACUCACUGCCCUACUCUACCUGGGACUAUGUCUGACCCAGAGGAUCAACACAGGAAAACAGACUCUCCCAAAACCCAUCAUCUGGGCCAAACCCAGUAGCAGGGUACCAAAAGGAAACCCUGUGAGCAUUUGGUGCCAGGGACCUCAGAGUGCUUCUGAGUAUCAACUGUACUUUGAAGGAAGCCUUUUUGCUUUGGAGAGACCAAAGCCACGUACAUUAGUGAGUAAAGUCAAGUUCUUCAUUCCACAAAUGACCUCAAACACUGCAGGGAGAUACUACUGCUUUUAUCAGAGUGGGGAACUUCAAUCAGAACACAGCGAUCUCCUGGUUCUGGUAGUUACUGGCAUGUAUGACAUACCCAACCUCUGGGUUCAUCCAGGGCCUGAAGUAACCUUGGAGGAGAAAGUGACCUUCUUCUGCCAUCUGGAAGCUGGGACAAGCAAAUUCUUUCUUCUCAAGGAGGGAGAACCCAACCAUGUCCAGCAAAGACAUGGGAACAAAAAAGCAGAGUUCCCCAUGGGCCCUGUGACCGGAGCCCACAGAGGGACAUACAGAUGUUUUGGCUCUUACAACGACUAUGUAUGGUCUUUCCCCAGUGAGCCUGUGACACUACUCAUCCCAGGAAGUGAGGGGAACACCAGCCUUGCACCAGCACCUACUUCUCUUGUUUAUUGGGAGUACAGCCUUUCCACCAAAGAAUCGGGAUUGCAGAAGGACUCUGCCUUCUGGGAUCAUACAACCCAAAAUCUCAUUCGGAUUGGUCUGGCAUGCAUAGUCCUGAUGGUUCUAGUAUGGCUUUUGGCUGAAGACUGGCUCAGCAGGAAGAGGGAGAAAGAGGGGACCAACAGACCAGCAAGUUGGGAAUGCAGAAGAAGAUGGAGACUGCGAUGUUCUCUCAAAGAGGAACAAAGGGAUGCAAUUUCUAUGGGGGAACUGAAGGCAACUCCUGGACCUGGGGCCAUAUGA